GGAGGGCGGAGCAAAUAACACGCUGAAAAAAGUUCUUGUUUUAACUUCAGUCGGGUCGAUUUACGCCAUGUUUAUUUCGUUUUACGAAAAUUGUUUAAAACUAAGUUGUAUGGAUUAGUUAUCGUCGCUGUAAACCACAGUUUCACCGUUUCAACAAAUAAAGUUUGAGUUUAUCGCAUUAUUCACGAGGAGGCAAAAAACAUAAGACUGCAACAAGUAUUGCGCUAUACAGCUUCUCAGCUUCUGAACAAAUACAGGGUUUGAAAGAUCUGACAGCACGUCUCUGAUUGGUCACCAUAUCCAGAAGCAGUAAAAAUGCAUCACCAUCAGAGUGACUCUGACUCCAGUGAUGACAGCAUGAAAGAUCCUCCUUUUAUGAAAUCCACAAUGGAAUCACAGAGACGCCGACAGCGCAGCAGUAUGAACGAACCGACUGACAAGCUAUCUGACAUUACUCAUCUCAGAGAAGAAUUGAACAGACUCCAUGAGAAAAUUUCUCCGGAAUGCAAUGAGCAUAUAAAGAAAAUGACUGAAGUCGUCAAUGAGUUUGAAAAAGAUUUCAGACAUGCUACUAACAUCUCUAGAGGAGCAAUGAUAUCUGGAGGUGUUGGAGUUGCUGGCAUAAUUCUAGGAUUAGCUUUAGCUGCAUUUACUGGAGGGGCUUCUACCAUUGUCUCUGGAUUAGGGACAGCUGCGCUCGCAGGUGGUGGAAUUGCUCUUGCUAUUGGGGAAUUCAAGAAAACACAGCAGGAGAAGAACUUAAGACAAACCAUAGAAAAAGAACUUGAGGACUUUCAGAAGAAAAUCAGCCCUAUUAUUAACAUGCUAGAGAAGAUUUUUAAUCGUACUCAGGAAAUACUGAGAGACCCUACACUAUCAAAGCACAAAGCCAAUGCAAUACGGGAACGUUUCUCCUACAGCUUUGAAAAAAUACACCUCUUCCAGAGAGAUAGCAGCAGAGAAGUGGGUGCACGGAAACAUUUGACUGGAGAUCCUUCAGAAAUUGUAGCUGAGAUGAGUUCUGUGCUUGAAAUUCUGGAAGAGAUCAUCGAAGACAAAGAGGAGCAAGAUGACAACCCUGAAGAAACACCCGCACAUAAACAAAUAAAUGAAAAAGAGUUCAAGAAAAAAGCAAAGAAAUUCAUUGAUGAAAUGAGGAAAGGAAUCAAUCAGUUACAGAAUGUCAUGAAUGAAAUUGAUCUAACAAAACAAAGACUAUUAAAAAAAUGAAUAAAUUCUGAUGAAAUAAAACUAUGUGAACAAUUGAGACACAACUUGUUAUUCGAUCAACUGACAGAAAACGAACAACCCAACUAGCAUCUCAAUGUACUGAAUGAUAUAAACAUCCAACUGUCCUACAGUGAUUAAUGUUAUAAAAAUGUACCUGUUAAUUCUAUCAGGUCUAUCAGGUAUGUUAGAAUUAUAUAGGACAUAGCUGUAUUGGAUGAGCAGAAACUUAAAGUGAUUUACAUUGAUUUUGCUCUGCAUUA